AUGGAGUCGCAGUGCGAUUACUUCAUGUACUUCCCGGCGGUGCCGUUCGCGGCCCGGGAGCUGCUGUCGGGGGAACCGGGCCGGUACCGGGCGCUGCCCCGCCGCAACCAUCUCUACCUGGGCGAGACCGUGCGGUUCCUCCUGGUGCUCCGCUGCCGCCCCGGUAGCGGCAGCGGCACCGGGCCGGGCCGGCCGCCCUGGGCCGAGCUGGCCGCCUCGCUGGCCGCCCUGGCCAGCGUCAGCCCCGGCGGCGCAGAGGCCGGCGGGGACCGGGACGCGGACCCAGACAGCACCGGGAGCGGGGCCUCGCCAGAGCCCACCGUCUUCCGGGACUGCCGGGCCCUGCUGACGCACAGCCAGGGCGCCCCGGGGAGACCUGCCGCUGGGAUACCGGUGGAGGACCCCAUCGUGUCCACGGACGAGGUCAUCUUCCCCUUGACCAUCUCCCUCGACAAGCUGCCGCCUGGUACCGUCAAGGCCAAGAUCGUGGUGACAGUGUGGAAAAGGGACACAGAGCCACCCGAGCUGCAGGAGGGCGGUGGGUACCUAAGCCUGCUGCAGACGCGGGCACCUGCGCACGUCUUCCGCCAGGAGCAGGGGGCCUUCAAGGCGCAGGUGAGCACCCUGCUGACGGUGCUGCCCCCGCCCGUGGUGCGAUGCCGCCAGCUCACCGUGUCUGGGAAGUACCUCACUGUGCUCAAAGUGCUCAAUGGCUGGUCCCAGGAGGAGAUCUCGCUGUGGGACGUGCAGAUCCUGCCCAACUUCAACGCCAGUUACUUGCCCGUCAUGCCCGAUGGCUCCGUGCUGCUGGUCGAUGAUGUCUGCCACCACUCGGGCGAGGUGCCUGUGGGCGCCUUCUGCCGUGUGGCCGGCGCCGGCUCGGCCUGUCCCUGUGCCCUUAGCGCCCUCGAGGAGCACAACUUCCUCUUCCAGCUCCAGGCACCUGAGCGGCCUCCUGAGGAUGCCAAGGAGGGCCUGGAGGUCCCACUGGUGGCCGUGAUCCAGUGGUCAACACCAAAACUGCCCUUCACCAGCAGCAUCUACACGCAUUACCGGCUGCCGAGCAUCCGCCUGGAGCGGCCACGUUUUGUGAUGACAGCUGCCUGUGAGUCCCCAGUGCGGGCCCGGCAGCGCUUCACCGUCACCUACACGCUGCUCAACGACCUCCAGGACUUCCUGGCCGUGCGCCUCGUCUGGACACCUGAGACUGCCACGGCCGGGAAGAAGCUGUCCGGGGAGGAGCGCCGGGCCACGCAGGCAGCGCUGGACGCCAUCGUGUGCCACACGCCGCUCAACAACCUGGGCUACUCGCGGAAGGGCAGCGCCCUCACCAUUCGUGUGGCCUUUCAGGCGCUGCGGGCCGGCCUCUUCGAGCUGUCCCAGCACAUGAAGCUGAAGCUGCAGUUCACGGCCAGCGUGGCCAACCCACCGCCCGAGGCCCGGCCCGUGUCGCGCAAGAGCAGCCCCAGCAGCCCGGCCGUGCGGGACCUGGUGGAGCGGCACCAGGCUGGGCUGGGCCGGUCCCAGUCCUUCUCCCACCAGCAGCCAUCCCGCAGCCACCUCAUGAGGUCAGGCAGCGUGAUGGAGCGACGUGCCAUCACCCCGCCGGUGGGGUCCCCCGUGGGGCGUCCCCUCUACCUGCCCCCCGAGAAGACGGUGCUGUCCCUGGACAAGAUUGCCAAACGGGAGUGCAAGGUGCUGGUCGUGGAACCUGUCAAGUGACACGGACCUUGGGGACCAUGGGGACGGACAAAUCCUGCUGCGUCCUGGAGACUGCGCUGGA